UGUAGAUAUUUUUAUUUAUUCAUUUAUGUUAUAACAUCGGAGUUCUAUAUUUUGAAUAAUGCGUAUUGUCUAAAUUAAAUUAGAUUAAUCUACAAUAAUAACAAUUAAGACAGAAGGACAGUGUGUUAAGGUUUCAUUUUCACUUUCACAUUGAUCUAUCGACCAUUUUGCAUUACUUGCCAUUGUCAAGUGAACAGCAGUAAAUAGUCGUCUGCGCAGUGCCAUAAAUAUAAAUUUUUAUAUUAAUAAAAACACAAAGAAUGCUAAGAAGAACCUUACGUGUCAGCCUUUGCAUACUACUGCUGGUGCAGCACAUAACAGGUGAAAUUAAAAACAUUGAUGGCUUACAGAAUGAUGACAUUGUUUUAUGUCCAGUCUUCAAUGGCAAAUUGGAAGAAAUUUCAUGGAAGUUGGGCAACAAUAAAGUUGCAGAAUAUGAUUCAUUUAAAACAAUAAUGUAUUAUGGGGAUUUCAAGAAUCAGAUGGAAUUAAACAUUGAAAAUGGGUGUCUGACAAUGAAUAAUAUCACAGAUAAGUGGGAUGGAUUGUACACAGCAGAAGUACAGAUUAAUGAACUUCUCCAGUACUGGAAAUUCAAAAUAAAAGUGUACAGACGUGUUUCCAAACCGAAUGUAAUCUGCACUGUCAAUGAUUCUAAUGUCACUCUGCUCUGUGAGGGAGAUGAGAGCCUGGGCAACCACUACAGAUGGGAAGAUCGUGAGAACAAUCGUGGGAUCAGUGAGGAAAAAAAUGUGACAUUUUCAAAAGAAGAGAACCGUAACAUAGAAUACAUAUGCAUUUUCAGCAACCCCAAGAGUGAGGAGAGAAGUGACCCUGUUAAAAACUGCUUUGUCCCAGGUGGACGUUCCCAUAUAUUGGUACUGAUACUGGUGCUUCUGGCAGUACUGGUAGCGCUGAUACUGUUGGGUUAUAACUAUUUUUCACAGUCAAAAGGUGCAGCUUGUCUUUCCUCGCAGUCUUACCAGAAGGUUCAAACGGAACAAAGGGAUGUGUGUGCGACCGAAGGGACGGCAACUGCUCCCCUUCUGGCUCAAGCGCCUCCUUCCCCCCUGGAGACGGCGGCAACUCCUCCCCUCACUGGAGACGACAGUGGACCCCCCCCCCUGGAGACGGCAGAGGCUCCUCCCCCCCCUGGAGACGGCAGGGACUCCUUCCUCACUGGAGACGGCAGGGGCUCCUCCCCCCCUGGAGACAACAGUGGAUCCUCCCCUCCUGGAGAUGGCAGGGGCUCCUUCCUCACUGGAGACGGCAGUGGAUCCUUCCCCCCCGGAGACAACAGUGGAUCCUCCCCCCCUGGAGACGGCAGGGACUCCUUCCUCACUGGAGACAGCAGGGACUCCUCCCACCCUGGAGACGGCAGGGACUCCUUCCUCACUGGAGACGGCAGUGGAUCCUUCCCCCCCGGAGACAACAGUGGACUCCUCCCCCCCUGGAGACGGCAGGGACUCCUUCCUCACUGGAGACGGCAGGGGCUCCUCCCCCCCUGGAGACGGCAGGGACUCCUCCCACCCUGGAGACGGCAGGGACUCCUUCCUCACUGGAGACGGCAGUGGAUCCUUCCCCCCCGGAGACAACAGUGGCUCCUCCCCCCCUGGAGACGGCAGGGACUCCUUCCUCACUGGAGACAGCAGGGACUCCUCCCACCCUGGAGACGACAGUGGAUCCUUCCCCCCUGAAGACGGCAGGGGCUCCUCCCCUCCUGAAGAUGACAGGGGCUCCUCCCCCGCUGGAGAUGACAAUGGCUCCUUGCCCCCUGGAGACGGCAGUGGC